AUGUCCCUUCGCGAAACAAUCGAAGAUCCCACCGUCCCUAAAGGCUCUUACUCGAUCUGCUUGAUACUUGACACGAAGAAGAUGCGGUUCCUGAAUCUCAAAGGCCUCCCGAAUAACAACCUCCUCCUCUCGAUGCGAGUGCGGACCUCGACCUGUGCAGCGGAGGGCAGGAGCAAGAUGCUGUUCAAGGAGAAAUGCCAGGGCUUUUCAGCCAACCGUUUCGACAGCAGACUCUACAAUGACUUUUACAUGUGCAGAUGGUCUGAGCAACACCUUGAGCUUCUUCUUCCAGCUGAACGCACCGUGGGCUGGAAAACAGUUGCGCUCAUCCUGCAGACGUUUCAAAGAAUCACUCCGGAAAAUUGGUGCCAUUUGGUGAAUCUGAGAAGGACACCCAAGGUUGCGGGUCUCGACUGGAGAGAGAUUGAACGUAGUCUGAUGCCUAAGAAGGAAGGGGAAACCUCGCCGAGCACUACGCCUGAUGAAGAGAAGGAGAUGCACCUUCUUAUCGAGAAGAAGAAGGCAAAGAAAGCGGCCCAGAAGAAGGCGCUUUUUAUCAAAUGCUGA